AUGAAGCUGCUCGUGCUGGCUGCCUGGCUCUCAGUGGCCACUACAGUGGACGGUCUCAGCACUCUCAACGCGCAAAGUAUUCCACAGUUCGGCAAAAUGAUCUCGUGCCUGAUCCCUAGCAUGAGUCCUUUGAAAUUUAACAAGUACGGCUGCUACUGUGGCAUAGGUGGAUACGGCACCCCCGUGGACGAACUGGACAGAUGCUGCCUGACACACGACAACUGCUAUGGCCAAGCUGCAAAGUUGGGACACUGCAGCUCUCUCCUGGACCACCCCUACUUUAAGUGGUACUCCUACUCCUGCACCAAGUCCAAGGUCGUCUGCAGUAGCAAGAACAACCCUUGCGAGGAUUUCCUCUGCCAUUGUGACCUUGCUGCCGCCAUCUGCUUUUCCAAGGUCCCGUACAACGAGGAGUACAAGAACCUGGACAGAAAUAAGUACUGUAAGCCAUGA